AUUGUUGCGUAAAAAAUAAAUGUUGAGAAUAAAUUUUCCGUAAUUGUCGGAGCGAUAUUUUUAGAUAGAAGUUAUUUCGAAAGCGAAAACAUGGAUUUUUUAAAAGUGAAAUAUGAGGAAAGUGAAGAAAACGAUAACCCGGAGGAAACAGAAUUGUCCUCUUCUGAUUCUGAUGAUGAUAUAGAGGGGUUCCACUUUUGUUUGCGUAAUGAUCAAAUUACCCCUUUCAAACGAAAAAGACGUCCAUUAAAACGGGCAUUUGUGUAUAUGAAAAAUUAUUCAUUGGCGAAAGAAACUAUCACAGAAGAAGAAGAAUUAAGCAGUGAAUCCUCCGAUGACGACGCGAGUUUAACUAACACCAAUACUGACCUCACGUCAAAAUCAUCAUCGGAAUUAAAUAAAGAAUUAAAAGUACUGGAUCAAGAAACUAAUGCGAAGAAAGAAAGGAUGGUAGAAAUUAAAAAGAUGAUUAAAUUGGAAGACAGAGAAAAUUCUGGUUUGUCUACGCCCAAAGAUGAAUCGUUGGAAGAUAAUGAAGAAACCACCAAAUGUUUUGAUGUUUUUGUGGAGUUUUUCCACAGAAUUUCUUCCUUCAUCUGUUUUGGUUGCCGAAAAAGAAACUAAAAUAUCAAUUAAUUACCAAACGUUUGUAGAAGAUUGAGUGAAUUUUAAUUUUUACAUUUCGGUGAGUUCAAACAAUUUAAUCGGUGUACGUUUAUCAUCGUAUGUUUCUUAAUCGUAUAAAAAUGAACGUUACAUACCAGAUUACACUUUUAAUAUUAAUUGAAAAAUUAAUGAAUUUAUUAAUUCAUUAAUUUUUCAAUAAAUAUUAAAUAAAUUAAUGAAUAAUAAUCGCACA